AUGAAAGCGCUCGAGGACACGAAUACUCGCUUAAAACGUGAAGUGACAGAGCUGCAUCGAAAGUUGGGUGAAGUCGAUGCUAAAGCGAAUGGAAAUGAGCAGUAUUCUCGCCGAAACAAUCUACGUUUCUGUGGUAUUACCGAGAAAGAAACGGAGGACUGCUACGAUGAAGUUGUGAAAUUUUGUGAUCGCGAGUUGGGAGUGGCAAUCGAGCGAAGUGAAAUUGAUCGUGCUCACCGAAUUGGUAAACCCCAGCACGACGAUGGCCGUCCUCGUGCUAUUAUUAUCAAGCUUACAUUAGCUUUCACAGCAAGCUAUCAAUAUUAA